AUGAGCAUUCAAGAACUGCAAGGAUCCUUUGAGGCACAUGAACAAAGAAUGAAAGAGCGCAGUGGUGAAAAGAAUUCAGAAGUUGCACUACAAGCACAAUCCAAUAACAAAGACAAAAGAGGCAGAGGCAAAUGGAGAAGUGGAAAACGGAGAAAUUACAACAACACAAAUGCAAGAAAUCAACAAGAUCAUAAUGGUAAUAGACAAGGUGGUUCAAGAAAUCAUCAAAGAGGAGGCAACAGUCAAAAGGGACGAGGUGGCAAGAAGAAGUUUGAUAAAAGCAACAAGAGGGAAUCACAACAAGAUAAUGCAAAGUUUGCUCAUGAAGAGCAAGAUGAUGAACCUGUAAUGUUGAUGGUAACCACUAAGGAAGAUGAAGUGGGAACAAAUUUAUGGUACUUGGACACGGGAUGCUUAACUCAUAUGUCUGGAAGGAAAGAUUGGUUCAUCAAUCUUGAUGAAUCAAUGAAAAGUAAAGUGAAAUUUGCAAACAGUAGCUCACUUAUGGCAGAGGGUGUAGGAGAAGUUCUAAUUCAAAAUAAGAAUGGAAAACAGUCAAAGAUUUCAGAAGGUCUAUUUGUCCCUGGAUUGAAGUGUAAUCUUCUAAGUGUUGGUCAGCUGCUUGAGAAAGGUUACAUGAUGAAACUUGAGGAUAAGCAACUGAAAGUAGAUCUCAAGAAGAUGAACAUAAAAGGUGUGGUGAAAGGACUACCUCAAAUACAAGAACCAACUGAAAUGUGUGAAGAUUGUGUCCAAUCCAAACAACAUAGAAGUCAUUUCAGCAAGCAUAUGGAAGUCAGGUCAAAGGAGAAGUUGGAAGUGAUCUAUUCAGAUUUUGUGGCCCUAUGCAAGUUGACUCAAUUGGAGACAAUAGAUCAGCUUAGAAGGAAGCUAGAUGAUAAAGGAGAGCAAAUGGUAUUGAUGGGAUACCAUGCAACAAGAGGAUACAAACUGUAUGAUCCUAUUAAUAGAAAAAUAGUGAUCAACAGGGAUGUUUUAGUUGAUGAGAUUAAAGAAUGGAAGUGGAGCACUGAAUAA